UUUCUCACGGAUCAGAAGGUUGAUGAAGCGAUUAUUCAUGAGAAAUCAUGCCAUGAGAGAUCGGAAAAUGUGCAGGCUUUUCAUUGUUCUAAGCUACCAAUCAUGUGGGAAGACAAUGUAGAAACAUGACCAACGUGGAGACAUCAGAUUCUUAUUGUCUCCAUCAACUUCCAUUAUAUAUACACAAGGCCAUGGAGCCUAACCCGAAUCAAAUCGAAUAAUCACCAUCCUGAUCGUCAUCUUGUACACAAAUGGCUUCCUCUGCUUCAAAUCUCUUCCCCACUUACCACAUCCGAUCCAUCAGUUUGCCAUCAAGGCCUAACCCGUUUAUUCUCAAUGUUGAUGAGCAUACACGAAGAUUAGCAUUAUACUCCGAAACCACCACCGCAUCAUCAUCUUCAUUGCUGAGCAGCAGACUGGGCGAGCUCCGGGAUCUGUACGACUCUGUCGAUGCUCUACUUGAGUUGCCACGCACUCAACAACUCUUUGCCCACGGAAGCCACAAGGAUCGAGUGGAUGGGCUAUUGGCUUCCUCACUCUGCUUCCUUGACGUGUGUGGCAUUGCAAAGGAUGCCUUGCUGCAGACAAAGGAGCAACUUCAAGACCUACAAUCAGUCUUGCGGCGCAAGAGAGGCGACGAGUCGGAACUAAUAAAGGAGUCUGCGAAGUACUUGUCCUCGAGAAAGAUGUCAAAGAAAGCCAUCUCCAAGUCCUUGAGGGACUUGAAGAGUAAAUGCUCCAACUUGUCUUCAUCUGAGCAUGAGCCAAACACCGAGGCCACUUUUGGCAAGUUGAGGCAAGUAGAAAUGGUCUCUGUGGACUUGUUUUCGUCCUUGUUGUCCUUCUUAUCGGAACCGACAGCACAAUCUAAAACGAGUAGCUGGGCUUUGUUAUCAAAGUUGGUGUACUCCUCCAAGCACAUAAGUUACGAGGGGGAGCCAACAAAAUCUAGCGAGUUCAAGAAUGUAGACUCGAUGCUGCAAACCUUGAUCGAUCGCAAGAUGAGAAAGAACAUCAGCAUCGAGAAAGAGGGUCUACAGAAUGAGUUGAGAAGGUUGGAGUCCAGCAUUCAGGAUCUUGAAGAAGAACUCGAGUCCGUGGUCCGGCGCAUAAUCAGAACCCGUGCAUAUCUACUCAACCUCCUCACCAAUUAGGAUGAAAUGCAAUUACAUAUUUAGACGUCCGCUAGAAAUUUCUCUCAAUAUUUAUCAAGAAAUUUCUUAGCUUCUUACUUGUAGAUAAACUUGUAAAUCAGAUCAAAUGACAGAGUUGAAAAAAUUAUUA